CUCUUAUCAACACGGAGAAGCUGGAAGCUGGAAUCGUCCAAGGCGGUUCUGGGGUCCUUUACAACGAACUCCUUCAGCCCCACAACCCUCGCACUGUCCUUCAAAGCAGUGCCAACACACACACCUACAGUGCCGAAUGACGACAAACACUGUAGCGACCCCUCCAUUAGCUCAAGUGAUAUCAUCAACCCAACCCCACCAAACAACUGGAACAGCUUCCCCAAGCUCUUCGCUGCUGGCUCUGCGCUCAGUCUCGACCAUUCGAAGCCAACCAACCAUUGCAUUCGCUCACCUCCACUGCGCCUGCGCCUGCACCUCCCUCUCCACUCCACCUCGCCUCGACUCGCCAUCUUCCCACCGCAGGUUCGCCUUUUCUCUCCCUUCCCUCUCUUCCCUCCCUUCCCUCCCUCUCCUCCUCUCCGCCAUCUCUCCCUCCUCCUCUUCCUCUCCAUCUCCCAAUCUUCAUCCAGCAAGCCAGAAUGAGCGUCCAAACCGUCGAAUUCCAGCCUUUUCAGGACCAGAAGCCCGGAACCUCCGGACUUCGAAAGAAGGUCGUCGUCUUCCAACAGCCCCACUACAGCGAGGCAUUCGUCACCAGCAUCCUCCUGUCCAUCCCCGAGGGAGUCAAGGAUUCCUUCCUUGUUAUUGGUGGUGAUGGUCGCUUCUGGAACCCCGAGGUCAUCCAGCUCAUUGCCAAGAUUGGUGCUGCCUACGGUGUCAAGAAGCUUCUCAUCGGCCAGGAUGGUAUUCUCUCCACCCCCGCCGCCAGCCAUGUCAUCCGCCUCCGCAAGGCUACCGGUGGCAUUCUCCUGACCGCCAGCCACAAUGCCGGUGGCCCCAAGAACGACUUCGGCAUCAAGUACAACCUCGCCAACGGUGGCCCCGCCCCCGAGUCCGUUACCGAUAAGAUCUACGAGGCUUCCAAGACCUUGACCUCGUACAAGAUUGCCGACAUCCCCGAUGUUGAUAUCUCUACCCUCGGCACUAAGACCUACGGCUCCCUUGAGGUUGAGGUCAUCGACAGUACCACCGACUAUGUCGACAUGCUCAAGGACAUCUUCGACUUCGAUCUCAUCAAGAAGUUCUUCUCCUCCCACCCCGACUUCAAGGUCUUGUUUGAUGCUCUCCACGGUGUCACUGGCCCCUACGGAAAGGCCAUCUUCGAGACUGAGCUCGGCCUCACUGGCGCUAUUCAGAACUGCGUGCCCAGCCCCGACUUCAACGGCGGCCACCCCGACCCCAACCUCACCUAUGCCAAGUCUCUUGUCGAGGCCGUUGACAAGGCCAACAUUCCCUUCGGCGCUGCCUCCGACGGUGAUGGUGACCGCAACAUGAUCUAUGGUGCUAAUGCCUUCGUCUCCCCCGGCGAUUCGCUUGCCAUCAUCGCUCACCACGCUCAACUUAUCCCCUACUUCAAGAAGAACGGCGUCAACGGCCUUGCCCGCUCUAUGCCCACCAGUGGUGCUGUUGACCUCGUUGCCAAGGCCCAGGGCCUGAACUGCUACGAGGUCCCUACUGGCUGGAAGUUCUUCUGUGCACUCUUUGAUUCCCAGAAGCUGUCCAUCUGCGGAGAGGAGAGCUUUGGCACUGGUAGUGACCACAUCCGUGAGAAGGAUGGUCUGUGGGCUGUUGUUGCGUGGCUGAACAUCAUUGCCGGAAUUGGCGUCCAGAACCCCGAGGUUACUCCCUCCAUUAAGCAGAUCCAGAAAGACUUCUGGACCCAGUACGGACGAACCUUCUUCACCCGCUACGACUACGAGAACGUCGACUCCGAAGGCGCCAACAAGGUCGUCGGCGAGUUGAAGAAGCUGGUUGCCGAUCCCAACUUUAUCGGCAGCACCAUUGACGGUCGCACCGUUACCAAGGCUGGCAACUUCUCCUACACCGACCUGGAUGGUUCCGUCUCGUCCAACCAGGGCCUGUACGCUGGCUUCUCUUCUGGCAGCCGCAUCGUUGUUCGUCUCUCGGGUACCGGCUCAUCCGGUGCCACCAUCCGCCUGUACAUUGAGCAGCACACGAGCGACCCCGCCACUUACGACCUCGAUGCCCAGGAUUUCCUGAAGACCGAGGUCCAGUUCGCUACGGGACUUCUGAAGUUCAAGGAGCAUGUCAACCGUGACGAGCCUGAUGUCAAGACCUAA